CGCUGGGAUGGUCAACGGUGCCAGCGCGGAUCACGAGAACAUCCGGGACGGCGCUGGGAUAGACACAGAGCUCGCUUUGGUGUACCGAGACGGCAACCUCGUCUCGGGCUCACUCGAGGCGUUGGUGCAGCACAUGGUGCCUACGGAGGAUUAUUAUCCCGAUCGGGCGUACCUCUUCGCCUUUUUGCUGAGCGCCAGGCUCUUCAUCAAGCCGCACGAGCUUUUGGGCGAGGUUUGCGCGCUCUGCGAGCAUCAGCAGAAUCUGAAUGGCGAGGGCGGUAAGGAACGACUGCAUCGCUUCGUGCCGCGGCUGGUGCAGCUGCUGGCGGAAUGGACGGAAACAUUCCCGUACGACUUUCGGGACGAGAGGGUGAUGGGCCACGUCAGAUCCAUCACGCAGAAAGUCGCUGCGGUCGACGCCGCGGCCAGGCAGGAAGUUUCGGCGCUGCUGCAAAACUUGCUGCUACGACUGACGGCUCUGGAAAGGUACGAGGAGGGCCUGGCCAGACUGGCGACCGAGGCAGCGACGGAGCAGCUUACACAGGUGGACGUUACCGAACUUUGUCCAUCAGCCACUGUAUUGGCGCAACAACUGACUCACGUGGAACUCGAGAGGCUCUCUUAUAUCGGACCCGAGGAAUUCGUACAGGCCUUCGCCAAGGAAUCGCCGCAUUUGGAAACAUCGUUCAAAGAUAUGAAGAAAACCCGGAAUCUCGAAUCGUACGUUCAAUGGUUCAACAGACUGAGCUACUUCGUAGCGACAGAAGUCUGUAAGCACGCGAAGAAAAAGCAACGCGUUCGCGUCGUCGAGUACUGGAUCGAGACCGCCAGAGAAUGCUUCAACAUCGGCAACUUUAAUUCCCUGAUGGCGAUCAUCGCCGGCCUCAACAUGUCCCCGAUAUCCCGCUUGAAGAAGACGUGGUCAAAGGUGCAAUCCGCCAAGUUCUCAAUCCUGGAACAUCAGAUGGACCCGAGCAGCAAUUUCAGCAGUUAUCGUAGCACGUUGAAGGCCGCAAUGUGGCGUAGCGCUGGCGCCACUGACGAACGCCAGCGGAUCGUAGUGCCCUUCUUCAGCCUUCUCGUCAAGGACCUUUACUUUCUCAACGAGGGUUGCAGCAACAAGUGA